AAAAAAAGCAAAAGUGGUAAAAGAGAAUAACUUUUAGUUCAAAGUAGCAAGUUCAGCACUCGAUUCGAGAGAGAGGAGAAAAAUAAGAGUAACAAGGUUCAAAAAAAAUCUCCCGUCAAUACAACUCUGCAGGGAAAAACUACAGCACUUUCAACUACGCGGAAACUUUAAGAAAACUGAAAAUGAAGGUCUAAUAAAUCUCGCGCAUUCAAAGCAUUUGUAUACUUUUGUUUCUAGAAACAGAAAAAGGCGACCGCAACUCACUAAAGGCUUUACAGAAAAAGGAGUGAAUGCUCAAGAUCAUCCUUUGGAUUCUCUUUGUGACAUUUUCUAACAAUAAGUAUACAAAUAAAAACUGUUUCUUUUGCGAUGACUCUUCGUUUGUUCUCACAUGAAAUAAGCAACUAGUCCAACUAUUUUGCUAUUUUAAUAUUUUUCUAUCGCCUGUAACACAUUUAAUGUAAAGAAGAGACGUGAAGCAAAUAUAUACACAACUUCGGUAGCAACUCCUUUUUUAUAUCAUGCUUCUUUGGAUUCCUACCGGAGUAACUUUCUAUAAAAUUUUCCAACGUAACUAUCUCUUUUCUCGGUGGCCAAGGAAACCUUCAAAGUCUGCCUUGUGCCGUCACUGUAUCGUCGCUUCGUUGUCACGAGUAUUUAUAGGAGACUCUCCAGAAAAAGCGACUAGUAACCAUUUUAGAAACAUUAAUUCAGGAAUCAUUCUUUAUUUAGAAGAAGAGGAAACUCAGCACUUGAAAGCUCGUCGAGUGAGAGAAAAUGAAGCCUUGGAAGUGUUCGAUGGUUCAGGAUAUGUCGGCAGAGCUGUCUUUUUGGGAUUUUCUAAAGAUAAUCAACGGUCUGCGAAGAUUCUUAUUCGGUCUUGGACCCCAGUUGAAGCUGAAGAACACGUGAAGUUAACUAUUGGUGUUGGAGUUCCUAAAGGGAAACGUGGAGAUUGGCUUGUUGAGAAGCUCACAGAAGUUGGUGUUGAUUCACUUAUACCUGUUCGAUAUGAACGAACUAACUACGAACCUUCUGUUGUUGACCGUGGAAAACAGCAGAGGUGGCGUAAGGUUUGCAUAGCAGCUUGUAAGCAAUGUUGUCGCAACAAUCUGAUGUUAAUCGAAAGUGAACAAUCAUUUCGCGAUAUCAUGUGGAAACAACAAAGUACGAAACAUUGGGAUAAAGUUUAUGUGGCCUCCACAACUGCUCCCUUUUUGUCCUCAGUUCCUCAAAUGAAACCUACCAAAGUUCUCGGGUUGAUAGGUCCAGAAGGUGGACUCACACCUGAAGAGGAACAAACAGUUUCCGAUCUAGGUGCCAACUUCGUGAAACUCAAUAGAUAUACGCUCCGAGUUGAAACUGCCGCUACUGUUCUGGCGUCGCUAAUAUUUUCCAAUGUUUCUUAAAGACAUUAAAAUCCGAAUUGAAUUG